UCAAGUUGUGGGAUUUGUAAAAGAAGAAAAUGCAAGUCUCCAAUGGCUUACGUAUGAUUGUAGAGAGUCCACAGUUUCGCAAGUCGUUAAGAAUAACGAUAGCAGCAGCAGCAGGAAAUUUAUUCGUGUUUUAUUCCGUCUUUCAUAAUUAUAUAGAGUGUUUCUUGGGUAUAUAUAUCUAUCUUGUUUUGGUUAUUGUGGCACAAUGUGAACAACUGGGUGGAGUUAUUCAGGCUGCAAUACGUUUCUCUUAUAUAGCUGGAUUGGCUAGCGUUCUUGCUAUUAUAGCUUUGGGUAUUGCUCAAGGAAGUGGGGUGGCUUUGUAUUUUGUGGCUUUGGUUGAAUUCUUUCUCGUUUCUCUUUUGAGACUUGAUCCAAAGGUCCGUGGAUAUGGAAUAUCUAUAUUUUUCCUAUUAGGUCCUACACUUAUGGAGUCAGUAGGACUUCAUCUUUCACAGUGUUGGCAAACUAUAUACGCAACUCUACUAUCUGCUGUAUUAGCUGGGGUUAUUGCUGUGAUAGCCACUGUUUUCAUAUUUCCAGAAACUAUUCGAUCCAAACUUCGCAGUGCCAUUCGAAAUAUGUCUUGUCAAGUUGAAGAUAUUAUUCAAAGUUUGGAUACCAAACUAUUCACUACUCCUUCUUAUAAACCAAUAAGGAAUGACGUGACCAGUUAUAUAGAACCAACUACAAAUAUUGAUGCUAUAACUCCAAUGGAUAAGAAGCAGACUCCUAGUUUCCUACAAGAAGCUCCCCAUAUAUUACUUCAACUAUGGAGAAGCUUAGCAGCUGUGUUUGAUGAUCCCACUCUUCGUCCUCUUUCAGUUGCUUUAGAUAAUGGAGAUUUCAUUCUAAAGAAAUGUGCAAUCAUCAACGCUACUAUUAGAAACUCUAUGAGACUGUGUAACUUUUUGUAUUAUGAACCAACUUUCUUCCCACCUUGGCAAUGUGAACCUCGUGAAAACUGGAUGCCUAUAUUACAACAAUGGCAACAACUGGUUGCUCAUCUGGAGUCACUCAAUCAAGUAGUUCGCAGAAAUGAAUGUUUUCAUACGGAAUAUCUUUCGGAAAGUUUUGGAAUACCGGUAUCUUCUAUACGAGAUGCUCUCUUAUAUGUGAAAGAAAGAAUGCAUCAACUCAAGUCAUUUCAUUCAGUAUCAUCAAGUGUUCAAAGCCAUUCUGAACAAGUAGCCAAUCAUCUGUUUGAGAGAAUUUAUGAAGAAUUUGCUAAAGUUAGAGAACAGAUGUGGAAAUCUGAAAUAUUCUAUGAAGAAAAGGCAGUCGACCAUACCUUUCGUUAUUCUGCUUUGGCAUUUUUAGUUGUUGAGUUACGUGCGACGCAUGAAUCGUUACAUGCAUUGGAAGAUGCCAUGCAGUCUUUUUCGAUUGCUUAUCAUGAACAACGUUUCUCUAUAGCCAAGAAUUGGUUGCCCAUGUUGGACGAAUUUUUAUUGCCAUUUCGAGGUUAUACAAGUGUUCCUGUAUUGAUAAAAGACAAGGAUAACUUUCAAUAUAUCAUCAAAUUUAUGUUGGCAUUGGCUAUCAUAGAGUUUCCUCCUCUUUUUGUAGCUCAGUUUUCCGAUUCUGCCAAGAGUUUUAUGCGAAAUGAAAACGAUAUCUAUGUGCUUAUUUAUGUUGCUAUUCUAUUUUGGCAAAGUAAGGAGUUGUCUGUGUUUAGAAGUCUUUUGUAUUUCUCCAUCACUUUUGUAGCUUCUGCAUUGGCAUAUGCGGCAACAGUAUUUACUCCCAAUCAUAUCUACGGAUUAACAUUAUGGUUAGCGCUUUGGACAUUUAUUGGUUUGUUGGUUGGCACUUGUUAUCCUGCUUAUAUUAUGGGCACUUUUCCUUUAGCAUUGGCACAGUUUGGUAUUAUCAGCUGUGACUAUAACAAGUAUUCGUUUACUUAUGUGGCAUCUCGUACUGUUUGUGUAUGCAUUGCAUGUGGAGUUGUAUUCGUAUUUUCUACUUUGAUAUGGCCGUAUUCUGUUGCUUUAAAAUGUCGCAAAAUGUUGAGCAAUGGAUUGACGCAACUAGGACAGCUGUCCCAAUUGGAGUGGCAAGCCUUUGAAUGCGUAUUUAUGGGUCAUCAUUCGACUCCCAGUCUUGUGAAACAAAAGAUGCACUCCAUUGCUGGUAUUUUAUCGGGUGUUCGUAUGUUGGUGCAAGUUGAAUUGACUCCCAAUUAUCGUAGAAGUUCCAUACCCACGUUGGUAGAUGUGAUAGGUUUUUGUCUCCGAAGAUAUCGAAUAGUAACGGAAAUAGUGGACAUGAAACCGUUGAAGGAAAAUUCCACAUGUGACAUGUAUCAAGUAUUUACCGAGCUGGUUCAACAUUUGGAGAAUAGCAUAGCACAUGUUUCCGAAAUAUUCUUAUUGGCAAGUGAGCAUAUUAUUCCUCCCAGUAAGAAACGCAAAAAGCCAGUAGAGUUGUUGAAAUAUUUGACAAUUCUACGAAAAGACAAAGAAGAUAUUCUAUUUGCAUAUGUACAAGGUAGACAAGAACUCUUUCGUCAGUGGCAUUCUCAACGGUUGGACAAACUAGCACAACGAAAGGAUAGUCUGGAACAUCCAUUUGUGACGUGGAAAUGAUUGGACAAGUAAUUGUUCGAAU